UUACAUGACCAAUGUUCCACUCCAUUGUACGUAACGUUAACGACUUAUGUUUGAUGCUUUAGCGACGCUCCAUCAACUCCAUCAUCAGACAAGAAGGACAAGAGAACUUCUUGGUUGCCUGGUUUCCGAUGAAAAAAUCGACUGAUGUUCACUGCUGGCUGGCACAAUACGCUCACACUUAUAAUUUUGCUUUUUUAACAACAUUAAACCCGUCUAUUUUUUUCAUUUGCACAUCCUUAUGUGCGUUUUUUCUCAAAACUGAGUUUGUAGCCAGCAAUCAUAGUCCCAAAACUUAUAAUCAUUACGUUUAAAGAAAAUAUUCCAAAAACAAAACCGCAUCUAUUCUCUUCAUGGGUUUGACAGUAUCGUCAGAUGCCU